AUGUCAGGACAUGAACAUCACUCAUGUCAAAAUGUCGGCCCCAACACCGACGGGAUAAAGAUUGGAAGCUCACAGCACAUCGGAAUCUCACAUUUGAUUAUCAGUACCGGUGUUGACUGCAUAUCCAUGCUGCCCGAAACUAGAGAGGUCAAUAUUUCCGAUGUUUUUUGUGGUCCUGGGCAUGGAAUUAACGCUGGGAGCCUCGGAAAAUCCGGGGAUGAAGAUGUUUUGUCUGGUAUUGUUGUAAAAAACUGCACCUUCUGGGGUAGUACUUCAGAUGGAGUGAGAAUCAAAACAUGGGCUUAUCCUAUGCUCAAGGACACUGAGGCUUCUAAUUUUGUGUAUGAAGAUAUUUUAAUGGAUAUUAAUGUUGGCAAUCCCAUCAUUAUUGAUCAACGUACAAUAUAUAUUGCCAUGUCCCAGCUCCUUGAAAGUUUGUGCCCUCUCGAGUGCAAAUCAACAAUGUCACGUACAGAAACAUAUGGGGAAGUUCACAAUCGAAAGUCAUAG